GCAGAGUUUAACUCCUGAUGGCUGUUUUCACACCAGUCUGCUGGAGACGGGUGUCCUUGCUGGAUUCCAGGACAGGAACAUAACUUCCUCUGCUGCAGCGACAACAUCAGAGAAAGCACACUGGCUCCCUGUUUCAGUGCAUCAUGGAAAGACCGGCGGUGGGGACGCCCUGCAGGGCUCCUUCAUUACCACCAUACAACACCUCAACCUCCACCUUGGCCUUUGAUCAGCAUUUCACCACUACUACCAAAGGAAUUCUCCUCCUGGCUGAGAUAGUUUUUGGUAUGUUGGUGUGGAUUCUGGUUGGGGGUACAGAUUAUUUUCAUCUGUCUGCUCUUUGCUGGGUGAUGUUUGUUUCUGUCUUGUGUUGGAUUCUGACUGUAUGUCUGUUCAUCAUUUACCUCACUGGAGCCCAAAACAAGAUACCACAAAUUCCCUGGAUUACACUGUCGUUGUGCUUUGACUGCAGUGCUGCUGCUUUGUAUCUGGUGACUGCCGUGGUCGAGGCGCUCACGGCCAAUCAGGCCAUUAGAGGGCGACACAGCUACAACUGUUGGGCAGCAUCAGCAUUCUUUGCAUUUCUGACCACAGUGUGCUACGCAGGCAGCAGUUAUCUGAGCUACCGUGUCUGGAGAACCACAAAGGAAGAGCAGUAGCAGUUGCUUCUUGCGACAUCAUUCAGACUCCCUUGUGCGUCAUAAAAAGAUAAAGAGCAGAGAGGAGACGCUUUCUUUAUCAGUAAACAUUGUCAACACUGUAACUGCAAAGUGAUGAAGUUGAGUUCACUGAUAAACCAAAUCAAUAAAAAGAAGGCAUUAGGCGGAGCAGGAGCUUGUUUUCAGCAUAUUUGCUGUUGUAUGUUUAUGACAAUACACAAAGAAGAAGUGGUGCAUGUUGUGUACAACUUUGCAGUCACUAGCUUUUAGUGCAUUUUGUCUCCAGUGUGGGGAAACAACAACAACAACAACAACAACAAAACACAUAAAACAAAAACCACACAAAACAAAAGAUUAGUUCUUGCAAAAAUCUUUAGCCACCUCCUUUUUCUUUGCAUGUUUCUAUGAAAACAGGAAUUAUGUGCAGCAAUUCAUUAAAAUGUCAAACCUUUAAGUAAAGCUCAGGAAUACCAUUACCAAGCUCUACUGAGCUAUUAGCUGCUUUUUUUUUCCUGAUCUCUGUCAAGAUGAUCCCAUACUGCUUCAGUAGUGAUGACAUCCAGGCUCUGGGAAGGAUUCAUCACUAGAUAAAAUCUGUUGCCUCCGAUUUUCAGUCCAGUUCAUGUGUUAUUUGGCACUAUUUCUCCCUAUUUUCCUUCCUUAAGAAUGAGUUGUUAACAACCACAUUUCCACUGAGACUAUUUCUGAUGAGGCGUCAGUAAAGUUUUGAUGGAUCAGCUGAAGGGACACAUGCAUGUCUCAGGACUUAGCUUUUAUUUUAUUUUAUUCUUUUUUUUUUUACAAAAUUCUUAAGGACAUCACUGUCAGAUACAGGUCAUCUGCUGACAUUGUUUUGCUCUCCAUUUGUCUGGUUUAUUCACUUUUUUUUAAGACACUGUAAAUCUUCAGGAAUGAACUUGUUUGUGCAAACCUGCUGUUUAUGCCUGUCAGACUGUGUGAUCUUGAGCAUUUUUUAUUCAUGAAAUUAUAGACAUGAAGUAUGUGUCUGUCCAACAGACAGCAAACAAAGUGCCUAAAUAGGUUCUAUGUAAAGGUGACUGUCAUGUGUACACACAGCACUGGAGCUGUUUUUUUAUGCUCGAGGAUUCAUAGAUCAGCACUAGAUAAUAAUAAUAAUAAUAACUUUAUUUGUAUAGCACUUUUCGAAACAAAGUUACAAAGUGCUUUUACAGCAUUUAAGAACGCAUACACAAAGGUAAAACAAUAAAACAUGAAUUCAAAAGAGACAAUAAAAUUAAUUAAUAAAAACAAAUUCACAAUAAGAAAGCCAUUCUAUAAAAGUAAGUUUUUAAUUUAGUUUUAAAAGUGCUAACAGUGUUGGCUGCCCUGAGCUCUUCAGGCAGAGAGUUCCAAAGUUUAGGAGCUCUAGAUGACUUAAUGAAGACAAAACCUGGUAUUUUUUUCUGAAAAUGGCCAAGGUACAGUGACUGGUCUGAAAAUAAGCAAAAAGCCAGUCAAUGUCCAGAAAAACAAACUUUUGCUUAAGACUUGUGUAGAAGAUUGGAGAAAAGUACCUGCUUGGUAACAACAUGCUAAGAAAUGUGGAUCAGACUUAUUUUACAGGAAUGUUAUCAUUCUAAUAUCUAAUCAAUAAUUUAUCAGUGGAAACUCUGGUCUGAAAGAACAAUGGCCUCCACAUCAUACAAGUCCAGCUUGUGUAUUUCCAACUUCACAGAAAGAACCAGAGCUCAAACGCAAUCAUGGUGCAACUGAAUACUGGAAUGGACAAAAACAGCAAAAAGCAGGUAAAAUUAAAAUUAUGUAUAAAAUAAUAUAAAAAAUUUUAUACAUUAUAUAUAAUAUACACCAGUAUUGUACUGUUAGAAUAUGAACCGUCUCAGUAAUCUGUACCUAAUUUAAUGUAUUGACGUUUCACAGCUUUAUUUACAUUUCUGUCACAUCAAACUUAAAAUCAGAAAUACAUCCUUCACACUUCAUACUGCACAGUUCGCUUUGUGUUUGUUAAAUAACAAGUGGAGCGUUGUGUGCAGUCUGCUCUGCAAUAUCAGGAUAAUAAUCCAGGUGUGUGGGUAGUGAUGCCAUGGAGCUAAUUUUCCUUUAGUGACUUUAUUUGCAAACCACAAAGUUUUUUUUUUUUUCCACACAUGUUUUUUUUUUUCUUACAGCAUCAAGUUGCACUGAACUGAAGUCAAAAUAAAACAAGAUGCAAAACUGUUAAACUGACUUUUCACUAAACACUGACAAUUUUUUAUGGAUUAUAUGAAAAGCUUGUUCAUGUGUGUUUAAGUAUAAAUAAGUGGGAGUACAAAAGGUUUUAAAAUGUAACUUCUCAUCUUAAAUGUCUGUUUUUAUUUCUCUCGUGUGUAUAAUCAUUAACAAUUAAAAGCUGUUGCUUACG